UCGACUUCUAUUGUCAAGGUCUCGAACAGAAGCCCUUAUUAAACCCUAAAACAGAACUCGUCUCUCUCAUCUCCCCUUCUCUUCUGAAAAAAGAUGAAUCAAAUUUCAAGACUUUCUCUCUGUAAAUCACUUUCAAGAGCCCCAUUUUUCAAACAAUCAAAGCCCAUUUCUUCAUUACUCUCAAAUUCAUACAUUUCUAACCCAAUUUCAUCCCCAGUUUCAAAAUUCCACACUUACAUACCUCGAUUCAGUUCAAUUCCUAGAACCCAUUUCAGAAACAAUGAGAGGAAGUUUAGUGGAGAACCAAGUUUUGAUCAGAAUAAAGAGAUUGAUGAGAUAAAUCUGAAAUUUGCAGAUGCUAGAGAAGAGAUAGAAUUAGCUUUAGAAUCAAAAGAAACUGUUUAUUUCGACGAAGAAGCUGAAACUGCUCGUGAUGCUGUACAGGUUGUGUUGGAUAAAUUUGAUGCGUUGAUGGAGAAAUUGGAUGAGAAAGAAAAAGGGGCUUUGCAGAGAUCAAUGGGAUUAAAGAUGGAGCAAUUGAAAGCUGAACUUGCCCAGUUGAAUGAAUGAAUCAUGAGGUUUUUAUGCAAAUUUUAUUGUUUUAUUGUAUGAAUAUUUUUUAGUUGCAUUCGAAUUGAUGAAAUAUUGGUUAUAACAAUAAUGAGUUGUGUUAUUAUUAUAAGAGCCACUUUGAAUUGAUCAGUGUUUGAAUGAGAAAA